ACUUGCUCGAACUUCCAUUUCACUUUCUCAACGCAUAACUCAAUGGGCAUAAGUGAAAGGGAAGGCGAGGAACGGUCGCUGUAAGUAGGCGGGUGUCUUGCAAUACUUGGCGAGCCCGACGUGCAAUACGAAGAGCCAAGGUCUGAACUCCUCUGGCAACUGAAUUGCUCGAAACGGGUUGCCGAAGAUGACCGUCUCGUGGGAAAACAUCACGGCGGAAGGUAUUGCAAGAUCACAACUGCGUAAUAAAGGAAAGGUUUCGAAAUUAAAACUCAGGAUGCCGUCAGAUCUAUCUGUUUUUCACAAGGUUCUUUCUCUUGCCUUUCCACGGGAUAGCUCGCUGCUGGAGUCGAUAGACGAAGAGGGGAGGCACCCGGCGGAAAGGAGUAGUACCGAUGUUUUCCGGGUGCUGCGAGCUCUGUCAGCGGUUUUUCCCAGCGUGGCGGAUGCCGAAUCGGCGGAGCGAAGAGACAGAUACAGGCAGUUACUUUUGUCCAUGGACAGGCGAUAUGUGGGCCGAUCCUGGUGGGAAAAGUAUCGACUGCUCCAGCAGAUUGUGACUGGCCAUAAAAAUGAGCUUCAGAGUUCACUAUACCCCGGGGAAACUUUUGUCGAGGCAUCAACGUUAGCAAAGGCAGGACCGCCAUCAGUUAGCCAGCCAGCACCGACGGAGGAAAGCUUCAUAGCCCUAUGCUCUUUUCAUUCCACGGUCCAUCAUACAUCGAAUGAGAGAAUGGCGGAGCAUCAAGUCCUCGGCCACGCAGCUUUCCGCCCAGAGUUAUCUCAACAUGGUCCAAGACUACUUGAUAGCAAUGGACAGCAACAUCCCUCUGCAAUCCAAGUUACAGACUCCAUCGCUGAAGUCAGCGCCAUUCUACCUGAAUUCUCAGAACGUCGAAGCUUGAUUCCAAAGGUCGAUAUGUCCACGCAAGCUGAAUUGGAUGCAACCACCAUGGUCGCGCCAGACCAGAGCGAAGAACUUGCCUCUCGUAAACAACGCGUGCAGGUGGUAAGAUGUUUCUAUGCCUGGAUGGGAUAUAGCCGUGCACUCAGGAAGAGGAAAGCGGAGCUGGUGACGCAGUGGAUGGUGGCCGUCAAACGAUGGCAAACGUCACAUCUUCAGAAAACUUUCCGCAAAUGGCAUGUGAGGUCAGAGGCUCUACGGGCGUUGAAGCAUGAAAACGCCCGGCGAAUCGCGACGUUAGCUAUUCAUGCAUUUUCCGCUAAUGUCAAUUUCAUUCAUCGAGAGAUACAUGGUUUCCGGACCCUUCACGUCAUGCGUGGGGCUUUUCGCCAAUGGAAAGCAAAACAAGUAUCGCUAUAUAUGAAAAGAUGUGAGAGCGCAAUUGCGGAGUCGGUCAUGGAACGGCGACGUGCCCGAGACAUGGCGAAAAUGGCCUUACAGUGCUGGCACCAGCUAACGAAGAAGAAAGCAGUGCUACGAACGUUUUCGGAAGUUGCGGAGCAGAUGGUGCGCUUGAAGAGAGUGGAGGUCUUUUUUCGAAAGUGGGAACAUAUGACCACAAACGUCAGACGGGCAAAGGCCUUUGAUGCGAUGUGCAGGCACAACCGAGCGGCUAUUUGCCUAAACGGAUGGCGUCGGUUGACGCGUAGGAUUCUUGGGGCGCAAGAAAGCGCACGCCUUCUUAAGUCUCGGCUGCAUCGGGAUCGCCUUCGACACGUUUUCGAGUACUGGACCGAUCGGACAGAAAACAGGCUGAAACACCGUGAUAAAAUCGAGACAUCACUAUCAUGGAAGCGAAAGCACACGUUAGUGAAAUGCUUUCAUGCAUGGAAGUGGUGGCACGAUUUGGAGGGCCGAUGCCGACAGAAGGAAAAAGAGAACCGCAUGGGAGAGCUCAGAAGGGUCUGGGCGAUAUGGGUCAGCGAAAGAAGCAAAGCAGCGCAAGAGAGGGAAAAAGCGAACAAACACCUUUUGCGGCGUGCAACCUCACACUGGAGGGAAACCACGGUUCACAAUAAAGCACUCCGGGUCAAUCACGAAGUGUUCAGGACGGAGCUUCAACAAAGGCAAAUGCGCGCGGUCCUAGGGAGGUGGCGGGCUGCAAAUGCGCAACAAAAGGCAUUUAGACGGACAUGUAAGAACCUUCUCGCAGAAAGGAGGCGGAAUGUGCUGAAAUACGCAAUGCAUGUCUGGAAUGUCGCAUAUUUGCAUCAACAGACUUUAACGACAAAGCUGAAAGAGCACGAAUCUCGGCACAGGCACUCCCGACUUGCGAGGCACUUACGUUUGUGGCGCGUUGCAUGUGCUUAUCGAUUGGUUCAACAAUCUCGUCGGUACCGGAUCGUACAACAAUCUUUUCAUGCUUGGCAUCAACGGCAUAUGUAUGUCUCUGGCGAUCUUGAAGACCGCCUUCAGAGCUUCAGCAGGUCUCGCCUUCAGCAGACACGUGCCAACACUUUGAUGACAUGGAUAGAUCGCUACCGAAAUGCUAUCCAUCGGUCUGAUGUGGCACAUCGCAAGCUGUUAACAGACAUGGUCACCAAAGCUUUUGUGCGGUGGCGCGAUCGCUCUCUCUAUGAGAACCAAAGGCAUUUGGUUGCCAUGGAGUAUUGGUCCUGUUCAGUGUUGGGAACGGUCAUUCGUACCUGGCAGGCCAGUGCGAAAGCAAAGAUCCAGCAUCGCAUCACAACUGUCAUGGAGAAGCUACAGGCGAAGCGCGAUCAACGUCUUUUGCGGCAAUGUUUGAAAGGCUUUCGAGUCAUCCAAGCGCAGCGGAAGGAGGCGCGAGAUCUUUGCUUCGGGUUCAAGCAACGGGCGCGGCAGGUGCAAAAGAGGCUACUACUCCAGCACUGGCGAAGUCGAUAUAAGUAUGUGCGCAACAUGGCAACAGUUGCGACUUCUGGACACGAUCACCUUUUGAUGAGCAAGGUCUAUUGGGUGUGGAUAUCGAAAUGGAGGAGACGACAACGAGUUUUGCGAGCUUGUCGCUCGUUAGUAUGGAGCUUUGAAAAAGUGUUCCUACACCGUCUCUUGACCGAGUGGCAAGUUGUCGCGGAGAGACAAGGAAUCCUCCGGGGACGGGCAGCCAAAUUCACCGUUCGGCUCGACCUGAAGAAACUGGAGAUAGUAUUGUCUACGUGGCGCCUAGCUCUCCGCUUCAAGAACUUGCAAAGAUUGGAGCUUGUGAUAGCGCAGUUGCGUACAAUACAGAGCAAGACCGCGUCGCUAAAAUGCUGGAAAUACAAGUUCAAUGAAUUACGGGCGGAACGGGCCCACCGACAAAAGUUUUGUAAACGGUAUUUCCUGAGAUGGCAGGAUCACUGGUGGAAUGCCUUGCACGAUCGUCUAGCGACGAGGCUCCAUCAGCAGCGCUGCCUGGGAACGAUAUUCCGAAUGUGGAUUUGGAAGACAUGGGCAGGUCUUGCUCCUGAUGCUAUUGUACUGCUCCAGCUGGAAUGUCACGAGCCCGACAACGGGUUGCUGUCCCUGACGAACCAAACAGCCCUGCGAUCCAGGUUUGUUACAACCAAGAUACCCGAGCAGCUUGGAAUCUUUCAGAGAAUGGGUGCCAUGGGCAGAAUCUUGUCCAUGACCGAGGUCCACACGCCGAUAUACGCAGAUCACCCAGAACAUAUCGCCGAAGGUGAUGGGGAAUUCACAAAGUGGCGGGCUCUGAUCGCACAACUUCGUGAAACGACAAGAAGCCGGCGGGCCGAUUAUGCCAGCGCCGACGCUGCAUAUCGAGCUAAGCUUAUGAUGAAUACGCUAGCUUACUGGCAUCAUUCACAGAAAGCCACUAAGCUCUACCGAUUGAUGGCAGCUCCACUCACGGCACGCCAUGAAGCGUUGACGAUGCAGGCUUCGUUCCAAGCCUGGUCGUAUUCGUUAUAUUGCGCGCAACAGCGCGACAUCCAAGCACAUCGAGCUCAUCUAUUCUAUGCGACACGGAAUGCUUUUGGACAGUGGACGCGUGCGUUGCAACGAGCCAGGGAAGCCGAGGACAGAGCACGCUCAGCAGCACUUUACGUGUGUACCAUACAAAGCUGGAGAACGUGGCGUCGCCAGUAUUUGGUGAAGAGGGAGGAGCAAAUCCGGAAGAUGCACGAAGACCUGGCCGUCGAUCAUCAACGAGUUACGCUUAUGCGCCGUACAUUCGAUGCCCUCCAUAACAUCUACAUUGCACACCACCGCCUACGAGUGCUGGCUACUCGACAGUUCGACAUUCGCUGCUUGAGGAGAACUUUCGAGCAUUGGAAAGAUCAGGCCAGCAUUUUGAGCUUACGGAAACGGAUUGAACGGCAAAUAGCAGUUGCCUAUAACAUAAACGUAACGAAACGGGCGUUCUGCCGAUGGACGCUGCUGACGGCUCAGGCAACUGCUUGUCGAUUGUUGAAGAGGCGUUUGAACAUCAGGACCGUCAUAGAGCUGUUCCAAGUAUGGAAACAGAAAAGCAAAAAGAAGCACAACCUACGCAGGAAAGCGGAGGCGCUUAGGAACUUGAAAAUCAUUGUAACCGAACACAAGUACACGAGACUUUUCAAAGCCUGGCGGGCUGUGGUCGUCAAACAGAGCGACAUACGAAGAGCCGAGGGAGCCUUUAGUGCUCGGAUGAGAGAAAGACACCAGCUUCAAUUCGAUAUUAUUCCAACGGAGCCACUUCUCGUCACGACUAUGAGGGCAAGAACGAUGGUGCAGUCAUGGCGAAAAUGGACUGAUGCACUUCGGAAUGCGAAGGCAAGGCGGUUCGCUUUGGAAAAGCUGCUGCAUCAUUGCUGGCAAGGAUGGAGAGCCUGGCAUCUUGAUCGGAGGAGUGAGCGGGAAGAAGGAAAGAAUACAGUGCUGGCAUCAUUGGCGAAACAAAAACUUCGACAAUCUUGGCAUCUAUGGGUCACGCGUGUGAAACAUCGCCAGGAAAGGCGAGAGCAGCUCCUGCGGGUGCACCAGAAAUCCGUUCGGAAAAUUCGGCUUCCUGCGUAUUUCGACAAAUGGUGGCGUCGCACGGCAACAGUCGCUCUGAAUACCCGAAGCGCUAUCCAGUUUGAUCAAGGGAAUGUGAUGGGUACCGCGAUCGCACGUUGGCAGCAGGCUGCUGCAAAGCAAAACAGUCGUCGAACAAAGAACCUCCGGGAUAAAGAACUUGAAAAGGUCGCGGUGUAUAUGGAUCGCAAAGCUACAAGAAGGCGAGUCUUUCAUCUCUGGGCCACUGUCUUUCGUGCUCGUCGUUCCGCACGUGUACAGGCGGCUGCAUCCUCCCGGAUACAACCGGCGUCAGCCCCCUCGUCUUCCCGACCUUCUCGUCCUUCCGCGAUCCAACCCACUUUAUCCGCGCGAUCUCCCAGUCCCACGAAGGCCAUUUCCGGAACACCGGUCCUUAGUGCUCGGCCGUCUUCAGUUCAGCCCUCAAACAUCAGGUCUGUGAGCCUGUCAAAGCACAGCGAUGGGGUUGUAAUGCGGGAGGUUCAUAGCGGCGGUCCAGCAUCUGUGGCACAACAUCGAGUAUCAACGGCGCAACAGCGAGUUGCAACGACCCAACAGCAGGCGUCAGCAACGCAUCACCGAGUGACAACAACGCAGCAGCGAGUGACAACGUCGGAGCAGCGAGUUUCAGCGACGCAGCAGCGAGUGUCAGCAACGCAGCAGCGAGAUUCAAAAACGCAGCCGCGAGUUUCAAUCACUCAGCAGGCACCAACGACACAAUCGCGACUCAUAACCACACAAGCGCGACCGUCAACGACACAACUGCGAGUUUCCACAGCACAAGAGCGACGAUCAACGGCUCAACCAGGAUCGUCGACGCUUCCACCCGAAGCACCUAAGCCUGUCAAGAAAAAGUUGGACGCUGAAGGUUAUGCGCAUAUGCUCAGGCAAGCCGACGCGUUUCUAUCGAAACGAAUGCGAAAGUGGGCCUGGAAUCGUUGGCAGCACCGAAACAAGAUGCGGAACUUUGAGUAUCAACGCAAAAUGAUCUUCGCUGCGACAUGGGCUCAGAAGAUGCUUAAACGUAGACUGAUUCUCGCAUGGGCGCAAAGUUGCCGGCAGUACAGAGUUGCUGCGAUUGAGGAUUGACUUGAUGGGCCCACAGCUGUGAGGCAGUAUACUCCGGGCUUUUGCAAUGGAAGCCAUGCCAUAAGGCAAUCCACUCAGGCCAUCCCGCAUAUGUAUAUAUCAUUUCGAGGCCCCGAGCGAGAGCAUCCACCUCUAAAUACAACCUGGGAGGAAAUACCGUCCAU